UAAUAAGAGAAGUGCUUGGUUGGGGAGCUUUUCUGAACUAGAAGGGGCAACGCGUACUUCUGCCACCUCUCCAUCUGCGUUUGUCUCUACUGUUUUUCACAAAUCUCAUCAGAGAGCUCCUCUCGCUCCCGCAAAUUGCAAUGCUCUCUCCCUCUUCUCUUCACCGCCAUUAUUCAACCCUACCACCAUCCACACCCUCUCUCUCUUUCUCCCCUCUGCACCACUCUCUCUCUUUCUUCAACCCCCUUACUACCCCUACCUUCUCUCUAAGCCGCCGCACACCACUACGCAUUCGGGCCCUCGACGCCGCCCAGCCCUUUGACUAUGAAUCCAAGCUCGCCUCUGCCCAUUUCCACACCAACCAGCACCUCAAAAUCGCCAUUGUCGGCUUCGGCAACUACGGGCAGUUUCUCGCCAAAACCCUCGUCCGCCAAGGCCACACCAUCCUCGCCCACUCCCGCUCCGACUACUCCCACAUAGCCAAGAACCUCGGUGUCUCCUUCUUCUCCGACCCCCACGACCUCUGCGAACAACACCCGGAAGUCAUUCUCCUCUGUAGCUCCAUCAUCUCCACCGAACGGGUGCUCCGCUCCCUCCCUCUCCAGCGACUCAAGCGUAGUACUUUGUUCGUCGACGUUCUUUCGGUCAAAGAGCUCCCCAGAGAUCUGCUGUUAGACCUUUUGCCCAAUGAUUUCGAUCUGAUUUGCUCGCACCCAAUGUUCGGACCCCAAAGCGCCAGGCGCAGCUGGAGUGGGUGUUUCUUUGUCUACGAAAAAGUCCGAAUUGGCGAAGAAGAAUCGAGGAUCUCGCGGUGCGAGAAGUUCCUCGACGUUUUCGCGCGAGAAGGGUGUAAAAUGGUGGAUAUGUGCUGCGUGGAGCACGACAAGUACGCGGCGGGUUCACAGUUCAUUACCCAUACAGUUGGGAGGGUAUUGGAGAUGUUGAACUUGGAGUCCACGCCGAUUAAUACCAAGGGGUAUGAGACUUUGCUGGAUUUGGUGGAGAACACGGCGGCGGAUAGCUUUGAUUUGUAUUACGGGUUGUUCAUGUACAAUAAGAGCGCGUUGGAGAUGUUGGAGAGGUUGGAUUUGGCUUUCGAGGCGUUAAGGAAUGAGCUCUUCGGCCGCUUGCAUCAUGUGGUGAGGAAACAAUUGUUUGAGAAGGUGCGAAACUCGCAGGAAAGUAGCGCUCGGCCUCGAAAUGGUGCUGCAUUGCCAUCUUCUGCAUUGGCUCUGAGGUCUGAGGAUAGUGCUCAACCGAAUGAGUACAAAGGGCAGAUCUCUGAUCGCUUUGGUGACAGCUCAAAACUAAAAAUUGCAAUAGUUGGAUUUGGCAACUUUGGUCAGUUCCUUGCGAAGACUAUUGUACACCAAGGACACACUGUUUUGGCAUAUUCUAGAUCGGACUACUCUGAUGUUGCAAAAAAAUUAGGAGUUUCUUACUUCUCUGAUGCAGACGAUCUUUGUGAAGAGCACCCUGAAGUUAUUCUUCUUUGUACUUCCAUUCUAUCUACUGAGAAAGUUCUGAAGUCAUUACCAGUUCAGAGACUGAAGAGGAGUACUCUGUUUGUUGAUGUACUUUCUGUGAAAGAAUUUCCUAGAAGUUUGUUUCUUCAAAAUCUGCCACCCGAUUUUGAUGUUCUCUGCACACAUCCUAUGUUUGGACCUGAGAGUGGUAAAAAUGGGUGGAAUGGUCUUCCUUUUGUUUAUGAUAAGGUUAGAGUUGGAAGUGAUGAAUCAAGAGUAUCACGGUGUGACUGGUUUCUUGAUAUUUUUGCACGAGAAGGGUGCCGAAUGGUGGAAAUGAGUUGUGCAGAACAUGAUUGGCAUGCGGCUGGGUCACAGUUCAUUACUCACACGAUGGGAAGGGUUUUAGAAAAGUUGGAGUUGGAGUCAACACCUAUUAACACAAAAGGCUAUGAGACUUUGUUAAAUCUGGUGGAGAAUACUGCAGGGGAUAGCUUUGACCUUUACUAUGGCUUAUUCAUGUACAAUGUAAAUGCAAUGGAGCAGCUAGAGAGGUUAGACCAUUCUUUUGAAUCAUUGAAGAAGCAGCUCUUUGGGCGUUUGCAUGGUGUUCUUCGGAAGCAACUGUUUGAGGAUGCAGAGAAGUUUGAAGUCUCAUGGGAAAAACGCAUGUUGCCAAAACUAUCGGAAGGCAAUGCUGCACUGACAUCUUCUUUGGAGGCUCUUAAUGGCGAAAACAACUAAGUUCCAUGUUUCGUCUCUGUGCUGAAUGGUUGUUGGUGGUGCUUAAGACGAUCCAUACUUGUUUGGAGCUGCAAAAAGGGAUCUUUUCUUUAAUCUUCUAUAUGCUGAAGGCAGUAGCUCAAUGUUGCAGUUAUGAUGAGGAUGCGCAGCAUAGAUCAAUGGAUGCACCAAUAAGAAGUGAUUUGAUUCAAGUUUGAAGCUCUAUAUGGACAAGGGAAGGUAAAAGAGAAUUAGGAUUGGGGCCACUAGAGAUGACAUAGUGAUCUGUAAUUUUAAGGAAGAUAUGAUUAGUUUUUAGGAAGCUGCCAAUAAGCUAUUGGUUUACCAGAGUUUUGGUUAGUUUAGAUUGUUAGAGGAGUUUUGGUUGUUCCUCCAUUUAGGUCCUGACUUUUUGGAAGCUGUUUGAUGUAUCAUUAUUCGAGUAGUUGUUAUGUUGUAAUUUUAAUUUAGGAAAGAGGUAGGAUCUUUUGACAUGUUUCUUUUCUCAUAUUGUUGUGAACACUUACAAAAAUAAUUGUUAUAAUUGUGAACUUUGAAGCGAAUGAAGAAAUUUUUGGUCCUGGUGGGAUGGACUUUUUCUUUGCCAAA